CUCUUAUUGGUCGCAGGCCCGCCCAGCUCCGGGCGUGCGUAAGGCGAGGGUUCCUUCCGCUCCCCGUCUCCGUUGACUGGAGACAGGCGUAAGAGCCGACGCUCAGGUUGGGUGUCCUCUAAUGAGAUCAGGAGGAUCCAAGGAUUCUGUCACUGCAAUGUUGUCAAGACUUUUCCGAAUGCAUGGCCUCUUUGUGGCCUCCCAUCCCUGGGAAGUCAUAGUGGGGACAGUGACACUGACCAUCUGUAUGAUGUCCAUGAACAUGUUCACUGGCAACGACAAGAUCUGUGGUUGGAAUUAUGAGUGUCCAAAGUUUGAAGAGGAUGUUUUGAGCAGUGACAUUAUAAUUCUGACAAUAACACGAUGCAUAGCAAUCCUAUAUAUUUACUUCCAGUUUCAGAAUCUACGUCAACUUGGAUCAAAAUAUAUUUUGGGUAUUGCUGGUCUCUUCACGAUUUUCUCAAGCUUUGUAUUCAGUACAGUUGUCAUUCACUUCUUAGACAAAGAAUUGACAGGCUUGAAUGAAGCUUUGCCCUUUUUCCUACUUCUGAUUGACCUUUCCAGAGCAAGUGCAUUAGCAAAGUUUGCCCUCAGUUCUAACUCACAGGAUGAAGUAAGAGAAAAUAUUGCCCGUGGAAUGGCAAUUUUAGGUCCCACGUUCACUCUCGAUGCUCUUGUUGAAUGUCUUGUGAUUGGAGUUGGUACCAUGUCAGGGGUGCGUCAGCUUGAAAUUAUGUGCUGCUUUGGCUGCAUGUCAGUUCUUGCCAACUACUUCGUGUUCAUGACUUUCUUCCCAGCUUGUGUGUCCUUGGUAUUAGAGCUUUCUCGGGAAAGCCGCGAAGGUCGUCCAAUUUGGCAGCUCAGCCAUUUUGCCCGAGUUUUAGAAGAAGAAGAAAAUAAACCGAAUCCUGUAACACAGAGGGUCAAGAUGAUUAUGUCUCUAGGCUUGGUUCUUGUUCAUGCUCACAGUCGCUGGAUAGCUGAUCCUUCUCCUCAAAACAGUACAGCAGAAAAUCCUAAGGUUUCCUUAGGACUGGAUGAAAAUGUGUCCAAGAGAAUUGAACCAAGUGUUUCCCUCUGGCAGUUUUAUCUGUCUAAAAUGAUCAGCAUGGAUAUUGAACAGGUUAUUACCCUAAGUUUAGCUCUCCUGCUGGCUGUCAAGUACAUUUUUUUUGAACAAGCGGAGACAGAAUCUACACUUUCGUUAAAAAACCCUAUCACAUCUCCUGUAGUGACCCAAAAGAAAGUUCCAGAUAAUUGCUGUAGACGUGAACCUGUGUUGGUUAGAAAUAACCAGAAAUGCCAGUCAGUAGAAGAGACAGGGGCAAACCAAGGAAAAAAAGCUGAGGUUAUAAAACCAUUAGUGGCUGAAAAUGACACCUCAAAUAGAGCUGUAUUUGUAAUUGGUAAUGCUGCCUUACCAGAUGCUUCUUCAGAGCUGGCAACACAGGAACCUGAAACUGAACUUCCCAAGGAGCCUCGACCUAAUGAUGAAUGUAUACAGAUACUUGGGAAUCCAGAGAAAGGUGCAAAAUUUCUUAGUGAUGCUGAGAUCAUCCAGUUAGUCAACGCUAAGCAUAUCCCAGCUUACAAAUUGGAAACUCUGAUGGAAACCCAUGAACGAGGUGUAUCAAUUCGCCGACAGUUACUUUCCAGAAAGCUUUCGGAACCUUCUUCUCUUCAGUACCUACCUUAUAGGGACUAUAAUUACUCCCUGGUGAUGGGAGCUUGUUGCGAGAAUGUUAUUGGAUAUAUGCCCAUCCCUGUUGGAGUGGCAGGACCUCUGUGCUUGGAUGGUAAAGAAUUUCAGGUUCCAAUGGCAACAACAGAAGGUUGUCUUGUGGCCAGCACUAACAGAGGCUGCAGAGCAAUAGGCCUUGGAGGAGGUGCCAGCAGCCGAGUCCUUGCGGAUGGUAUGACUCGUGGCCCUGUGGUGCGUCUUCCGCGUGCUUGUGACUCUGCAGAAGUGAAGGCCUGGCUUGAAACACCGGAAGGGUUCACAGUGAUAAAGGAGGCAUUUGAUAGCACCAGCAGAUUUGCACGUCUACAGAAACUUCAUAUGAGUAUAGCUGGACGCAACCUUUAUAUCCGUUUCCAGUCCAGAUCAGGAGAUGCAAUGGGGAUGAACAUGAUUUCAAAGGGUACAGAGAAAGCCCUUUCAAAACUUCAUGAGUAUUUCCCCGAAAUGCAGAUUCUAGCAGUUAGUGGUAACUAUUGUACCGACAAGAAACCUGCUGCUAUAAAUUGGAUUGAAGGAAGAGGAAAGUCUGUUGUUUGUGAAGCUGUCAUUCCAGCCAAGGUUGUCAGAGAAGUAUUAAAGACUACUACAGAAGCUAUGAUUGAGGUAAACAUUAAUAAAAAUCUGGUGGGCUCUGCCAUGGCCGGGAGCAUCGGAGGCUACAAUGCCCAUGCGGCCAACAUUGUCACUGCUAUCUACAUUGCCUGUGGACAGGAUGCAGCACAGAAUGUUGGUAGUUCAAACUGCAUUACUUUGAUGGAAGCAACUGGUCCCACAAAUGAAGAUUUAUAUAUCAGUUGUACCAUGCCCUCUAUAGAAAUAGGAACUGUGGGUGGUGGGACCAAUCUACUACCUCAGCAAGCCUGUUUGCAGAUGCUAGGUGUUCAAGGAGCAUGCAAAGACAAUCCUGGGGAAAAUGCCCGGCAACUUGCCCGAAUUGUGUGUGGUACAGUGUUGGCUGGAGAAUUGUCACUGAUGGCAGCUCUGGCAGCAGGACAUCUAGUCAAAAGUCACAUGAUUCACAACAGGUCAAAGAUAAAUCUACAAGACCUCCAAGGAACUUGCACCAAGAAGACAGUUUGAGGAGCCUGACAAUUCUGAACUGAAACGUGGGCAUUGGGUUCUAAAGGACUAACAUAAAAUCUGUGAAUUAAAAAGCUCAAUGCA